AACUGUUUCAACAAAAUUUGAAUAAAAAAAAUCAACCGAAAUCAAAACAGUGAAAGAAAUAGAGACAUAUAGCGUUUAGCUGCGGCGUGCUAGAGCGAGACAGUGCAAGACUUUCGCAAAGAUACAAAAUAAAGAAAGAGAAAGAAAAACAAGAAAAUAAAUUGCAAAAACAAUAGAUUCAAAUCAACAACUUGUUGUUUCUCACAGUUCUAAUUGACACUACACAAAUAACAGCAAAACAAAAGCAAAAAAUAUGGAGUAUGAGAAAAUGUUAUACCUGACAAAUGCCAGCGAGAUGCCGCACAGCUGUAGCACUCAGUUCAAGUUAGCCGCAGAACAGUUCCAGACGGACUCCUAUGCGGCCUAUGCCUAUGCCGACAACUUUGACUUAUCGCUGCUGCCGGAGGACGCGGGCAUACCCACCACAGUUUACCAGUACAACGCGCCGCAGAUCAAAGUCGAAAGCGCCUGGGAGAUACAGGAGCAGCCACUGAGUGCUUCAUACCCUCCAGCCAACUCUAGCUCCAGCUCCAGCUCCAGCUCCAGCUCCAGCCAUCAGCUGAUACCGCCGCCCGCCUAUCCGCACAGCGCUUAUCCCUCACCGCAGUCGAGUCCGCAGCAGUCGGAGUUUGCCUCGUUCAAGUACGACUGUUUGAGCAGCCCGUGCCCCUCGCUGGAUGCAAGCAGCAUCAAGCAGGAGCUGCACAUAUUGCCACCCUCGCCGCCCGAGUCCAAUUGCGAGACGCCGUCGCCACGCAGCGAUAGCAACAGCAGCAGCAUCAAGGCAGAGCCACUGGAUGCCGAGUUGGAUAGCUACUUAGAUUUGAACACGCUGCAGCAGCAGCAGCUGCUGGACAUCAAGCCCAAUCAUCAGGUGCUGCGCGAGUGCCUCGAAGACACAACAUUCCAGCGCAAGCACAAUCUGAAGCCCCUGGCGCUGGAGUCCUUCAUUGGCGGCUUAGCUGAGGUGCGAGGCGACUUUGAGCCGGUCAUAUCUCUGGCGCUGGAGCAUGCCAAACGUGAGGCAGACGCCAUAUGCGCACAGCUGCAGAUAUCGCAGGAUCCCAAUGCCUGGACGGCUGCCCAGGUACACGCAUGGCUACGAUCCACCUUGGCACAGUUUAAGCUGCCGCCAGUUGACAAUUUGGAGCUGCAGUUCAGCGAAGAUGGCGCCGCGCUGGCAUUACUCAGCGAGGAGGAAUUCCAGCGACGAUUGCCCGAGAGCGGCAGCACGUUGCACGCACAGCUGGAGAUAUGGAAGAUGGCCUAUGCAGAUCAGCUGGGCAAUGAAAUGGAGGCCACAGCACCAGCUGCUAAUGAUAUGCUUUGGGGCUAUCAGGCGCCCAAUGUGGAACAGGACGAAAGCGAAGAUGAUGAGGACAUGGAGCCAGCUGUGCUGAUAGCCACGCCCACACCGGCGCCUGCCAAGCGCUCGGGCGGCACACGCAACGGCGGCAGCUCCCACAUUCACCUGUGGCAGUUUCUCAAGGAGCUGCUUGCGGCGCCGCAGGUGAAUGGCACAGCCAUACGCUGGAUAGAUCGCAGCAAGGGCAUCUUCAAGAUCGAGGAUUCGGUGCGAGUGGCUAAGCUGUGGGGCAGGCGCAAGAAUCGGCCGGCCAUGAACUACGACAAGCUCUCGCGCUCCAUACGCCAAUACUACAAGAAGGGCAUCAUGAAGAAGACGGAGCGCUCGCAGCGCCUGGUCUACCAGUUCUGCCAGCCGUACCAUCAGUGAGCCCGUGGAACCAGUUCCAUUUAACUAGUUCUAAGUGUAUUUAUUUUGGUAGCCGUAAGCCCGUAACCCCACCAACCAGCACAAACUUUGCCCCGCAACUAUGCUCGACUAGGCCACAGAGUCUAGCGAGUGUUAGUGCCUGUAUAUAUAUUUAUCUAUAUCUCACUCUAUAU